AUGUUUCUCUGUGAUCCACCCGUGAGAAGACUAGCAUUGUCAUUCAUGCUUCUCACUCUAUACGUUCAAUUAUCAUCCAAUACUGUGCUAAGCUCUGGUACUAAUUAUUAUGGGAUCACUUGUUUUGAUGUUGAAAGAGAAGCUCUCCUUCGAUUCAAAGCAGGUGUGCAGUGUGAUAACACCACCGGCCAUGUCAUCAAGCUUGAUCUCCAGGGCCCUCACCCAUUCAUUAUUGAUGGCAUGGGUGAUCCAGUCAUGCGCAACAACAGUGCAGGCUUAGGAGGUAAGAUCAAUCCAUCUUUAUUCUCCCUCAAAUAUUUGGUCCACUUGGAUCUUAGUGGCAACAACUUCAAUUACACACCCAUCCCAAAAUUCAUUGGCUUGUUGAAGGAGCUGACAUAUCUAAACCUCUCAAACGCCUGCUUUGGUGGAACCAUACCUCUAUCUUUGGGCAACUUGACCAAGUUGCAAGUCCUUGAUCUCUCAAGCGUGCCCUUAGAGAAUCCUCUUCUUAAGAUGCAUGAUGCCAAAUGGCUAUUUCAGCUCCAUGCAUUGGAAGAUCUUGACAUGAGCAAUGUGAUCUUUGAAAAAGAUGCAUCUGAUCAAUGGGUACAUGCAUUGAAUUCACUACCUUCCAUUGCCAAGAUAACUUUAGAGAAUUGCAACCUGAAUCAGCUACCGCCCACUCUUCAUCAUGUCAAUUUUACUUCUCUCUCACUCUUUGACCUCUCAGACAAUAAAAUCAAUUGUACCAUACCGUCCUGGCUGUUUAAAAUCACAAGCCUCCAGCAUCUUGACCUCAGCUGGAACUUUUUCCAUGGCCAUGUUCCAAACUCAAUUGGCAACAUGACCUCUCUUCGCUUUCUAGAUCUCUCAGCCAAUUAUGAUCUCCACCUGAAUCGUGAUAUUCUUCUUGAGCUCAAGAGUCUUUGCAAGUUGCAAAUUUUAAACCUUGAGCACAUGAAUAUCAAACACCGGUUUUCUGAUCUAGGAGUGAUUUUCUCCGGAUGCAUGAAAGACAGUCUAGAAGAGCUGAGGUUAAAUGGCAAUACUCUAACGGGUCACUUGCCCGGUUGGAUAGGAAAUCUUACUAGCCUCACAUUUCUUGAUCUGUCUGACAACUCAUUUUAUGGUCCUCUGCCUCUAUCUUUUUGUCAACUCUCAGCAUUGCAGGAACUCCGUCUAGGUUCGAAUGCAUUCAAUGGAACUGUCACAGAAGCUCAUUUCCAUGAUUUUACAAGGCUUGAAAUACUAGACAUGUCACUCAACUCUCUGGUUUUCAAUCUGAGUGCAGAUUGGGUGCCUCAAUUUCAACUAAAAUAUAUCCUCUUGAGAGGUAUUUCUGACACUUUGCCUGACUGGUUUUGGGGUAUAACUUCCAAUAUUUUCUUCUUGGACCUUUCCAAUAAUGAAAUGAAAGGCAGGCUCCCAACCUCACUGGAAUCUGCUUAUCUUGAAUAUUUUGCGCCUGUAAUGACGCAAGUAUUUGCCGCCAUAGAUUUAAGUUCCAACUUGCUGGAUGGUCCAAUUCCAAAGUCUAUUCCGAAGGUUGGAUGGUUAGAUUUAUCAAAUAACUCCUUUACAGGAUCUCUUCCCCCAAAAAUCAAUGAAGCUAUGCCUAAGCUUUAUUACAUCAAUCUCUCAGGCAACAAAAUAAACGGAACUAUCCCCUCAAAAUUUUGUGAAUUACAGAACUUGACAGCUUUGUUUCUCUCCGAGAAUUCUUUGUCGGGAAGAAUCCCGGACUGUUGGACACAGCAUUCAAAUUUGGCAAUUUUGGAUUUUUCAUUCAAUCACUUGUCAGGACAUAUUCCAUCUUCCAUUUUUCUUCCACCAGCACUUGAGACGUUGUCUCUCAGCAACAACCACCUUUCUGGGCACAUCCAUCCCUCCAUAAGGAAGUGUUGGAAGUUGUACUCUCUUGAUCUUGGGUAUAAUAUGUUACGUGGAAAUAUACCUAUUUCACUUGGAGAAAGCAUAAGGCAUUUGGUGAUACUUAUCCUUGCAUCAAAUCACUUUAAUGGAAAUAUACCACCACAACUAUUCCUUCUCACCGCUCUUCAAGUCCUAGACCUCUCAAACAACAACCUAUCUGGUACUAUACCUAAGAAUAUUGGGAACUUAACUUCCAUGGCAUCAGGUGUAGGGGAUGGGCUGGCCACAUUUGAUUAUUCCAGGUACAUGUUCCUUACUGCAAAAGGAUUAUAUCUUAAAUAUAAUGCUUUACUUACUGACAUGGUACUGUUGGAUCUUUCGGAUAAUGACCUACAUGGUGGCAUCCCUUAUGAAAUAGGAAAACUGAUAUCAUUGCAUGGCUUGAAUCUAUCUGGAAAUCAUUUAACAGGAGAGAUAACAGAUAAUAUUGGUUCGAUGAAUCAAUUAGAAUUUCUUGAUUUAUCAAGAAAUGAACUUUUAGGAGCAAUUCCUGCGACGCUAUCCAAAUUGAAUUUUUUGGAAAUUUUGAAUCUUUCAUAUAAUCACCUAUCAGGGGAGAUACCAACAGGUGGACAAUUUAAUACAUUCGUUGAUCCAUCCAUUUACAUGGACAAUGAUAAUCUUUGUGGAUUUGCUCUCUCAAAGAAGUGUCAUGACAACAAUGUAUCAAAAAAGCAAAGACUAAAGGAUGAGAUUGAUACUGAUGUCAAUGAUCCCAUGUGGUUCUGUUUUGGCGUAAUGAGUGGUUUUGUCGUUGGGUCUUGGACAGAAUCUAGUGGGAUUGCUAUGCCUAAAAACAUUAAAUACCUCCUUCGCCACCUUUGGGGAGGCUUCGGAGGAGACGGCAGUGACAGGGAUGGAGAUAAAGUUGACAAAGGAGCUGGUAAGGGUCUUUCUGACGAAGGUAAACGCUCUUUUGUGCAAGUGGUGAGUUUGGCGUCUUCGGGUGACUCGCGCACAUCGAAGAGGAUGGCCAAGCGGGAAUCCAAGUCAAGGUUGCCCAUGGAGCCGCAGGGAGGCCGGUGA